GGAAGCUGUACAGUCGGCGAGUACAAGGCCAAGAGGGGGUCAAAGUUUUCAGAACACACAUCUAUUUUAUCUGCGUCGUCAUCCCCAGCUUUACUGGCCGCCUCUGGUUCAUGCUCCGGUCCUAACGGCGUAGUCGAGCAGGUUCCGCCUACAUUUUCUUUACUGUCGGACUUUCCACCUUCUCUCUCCCUCUCCUCCAUGGUUUUAACCGCCGUGGAUGAGCACACGGUGAAGCGAAGAAUCCUGGGAGCACCCUCAUGCUGAUUGGAAAGGCUUUUAGAUUUGGUGGACGUGUCAGGUCGGGUGUUGUCCGACCUUUGGCCCGUCUUUUUACUGGUUUUAGCAACAUGGCCAAGAGCAAGUUUGAGUAUGUGCGCAACUUUGAAACAGAUGACACUUGUCUACGAAACUGCUACAUUGUUGUGAGACUGGACGGGCGCAACUUCCACAAGUUUGCAGAGCAGCACACGUUCACAAAGCCCAAUGACAACAGAGCCUUGGGCCUGAUGACCCGCAGUGCACGCUCUGUCAUGGAAGAACUCGAGGACAUCGUCAUCGCUUAUGGUCAAAGUGACGAGUUCAGCUUUGUUUUCAAGAGGACCUCCACCUGGUUUAAAAGGCGAGCCAGUAAGCUCAUGACCCAUGUGGCCUCCCAGUUCUCCUCCUCGUAUGUGUUUUACUGGAAGGAGUUUUUUGGGGAACAGCCCCUCUUGUACCCCCCAGGCUUUGAUGGACGUGUAGUCCUGUAUCCUAGCAACCACAACCUUAGAGACUACCUCAGCUGGAGGCAAGCAGAUUGUCACAUCAAUAAUUUGUACAACACAGUGUUUUGGACUUUAGUACAAAAGGGGGGGCUCACCACAGCCCAGGCAGAGGAUCGCUUAAAGGGAACAUUAGCUGCAGACAAAAAUGAGAUCCUGUUCUCUGAGUUUGAUAUCAACUACAACACUGAACCUGCCCUCCACAGGAAAGGCACUACUCUCAUCUGGGAAAAACGAGAUGAAACUGUCAUCAAACGCAAGAAGCUCCCGAGCGGAGAGGAGAAGGACGUGGCUGCGACCCGCAGUAGGAGGAGGGUGCAGGCUCACCACUGCGACAUUAUCGGAGAGCAGUUCUGGGAGGAACACCCAGACGUCCUGGAGGACGACAACUGCUAACAGCUCCUGUGUUAGAAUAGGAGAAAAACCCUGAACAGUCUGGCCAGCCAUACAAGCAGCGGGCGGACAAUAGAACAGCUUGUUGUUCACUGAUGAUCGACAACAUGCCACCCAUGAAGCUCAGCCCACAUUAAUACUUUGAAAGAGCUUUUUCUGAGAUUGAAGCCUUUUGAUGAUUGACUUUGUACAAAAACUCUCUCCCAGGUGCAACAUAUUCUUACUUUUACAGAUUAAACUUCAGUCAUAAUGUUCCCUAGGAUGUGUUCUGCUUAAAUCAGUGAUGAUGCCUGUCAUGUUCAAAGGGAAGCAGAAGACUUCAUAAGCUUUCAGCAGUGGGUGUAUACAGAAGUUUGAUACUGCCCCAGACAUCUUCCCAAUCCUAAUCUAGUACAUGUAGCUCUUCUAAAGUUGUUUUACCAAAAUUGUAUACUCAUUUGGUAUCAUGAAUAACAUUACUGAGAAUCAGGAUGAUUCGUCCUGGCCCAAAGUUUUUUUUUAAUAACUGUGGCCUUUUUUGACUCUCAUCUAGUUUUUUUGUUUAGGAAGCAGAGUUUCCUGGUUGAAAUACGAUGAUACAUGACUCCAAACUGCAAAGUGUUUAGAAUCACUUACAGUUAAUAGUAAGAAAGUAUAUCUAAGAUAUGAAUAAGCAGAAUGAAGCAGAAACCAAUUCCUUGGCAGUAUACCUUUUUAAAAAGCAUGUGGCUUUUCUACGUAUCUUAUGUAACCAGGAGUCAACAGCAUUUUGGAUCGGUCACAGAGGCCUGCUUGUUUUAUUAAGAUCUCUAUAAUGAGGUAAUGAACAAUAACAUACUACUUCAAAUGUACAAAAAUACCUAAUUACAAAAGUUGCUUUUUUUCUAAGACAUAAACUGUGCACUUAGAUCAGUUCACUUGGACUAGUGCCAACACAUCAGUGACUCAACAUAUGGCUUCAUAGUACAGAUGAUUGCUUAGUAACCAGAUUGUGUUGAGGAAAGUGGUGCAGUCAUUUAAAGACCAACAUGUGUUUACAUGCAGGACCUACACUUACUCCCGUGUACUCAUGGGGCCUCCUUUAUAAACCCUUUUAUGCAAGAAGAAGUUGCGUGAAGCAGGGUAAAAUUUGUUGUUGCAACAUUCCUUGCAAAAGUCGGGAUUUAUAAAGUGUAAAAAUGUGCCCAGUUUUGACCAUGCAUGUGAUGGUGCGUACUGCUCCCAAGGCUUUGUACACGGCGUUUUAGUGACCUCCGAUGGUAACACCAAAUAUCACAUGGAUAAAGUUCUGUGGAUGCAGAGCGCCCAGCCUGCCCCCAAAAUACCUGCUCCACUUAACCCUGGUGUGGUGUUCAUAUUGUUGAUCCCAGUGUGGUGGAGCCACCACAUUAUUAGGCUUUUAAAUCAAUACUCACAUAAAUAUGUAAAAAUACUUAACAGAUGUUUAGCUCAAUUACCCAAUGAUGGCUCAUAAUUGCCAUUUACCCCUGUGAGAUUGCAUUUAUGAUCAGAUGAUCAUUUUUGUGAGAAAACAAGGAAAUUCAGUUAUAAAAAGGUAAA